AUGGCCAAACGCAAGCCUGUCUUCACCCUUGCGGAGAUGGAGAAGGAACUGGGAUACAAAAUAGAGCCACUGACACGAUCCAACAUGGCCGCCAAGCGCUUCUUCUCCGAUCUCAGUCCCGUUUCUGAUGGAGUUUAUGGGCGUGAAAGCAAGACUGUUGAGACUGGCGAAGGCAAAAUCACACUUACACGAACGAGCCGUGUAGGCCUGUACAGCUUCUCUGUCGGUGUCUACUACAAAUUCGGGUUUAACUUGCCUCUUCUAUUCACCGAAGCUGAAGCAUCUCGAACUAUCUUCAACCCAGAACACCUCCCAAUAUUACAUCGCCAUUUUUCCAUCUUCCCCGAAAGCUCCGUGACAAGAUCUACGCCUUUGCAUUCCCCAGAGGAUAUUGGAAACAUCAAAGACAUCAACCAAUUCGAUCAAGACAGCUUCCCGCGGGGCAUAGGGGAUCCUAGCGGAUUCUACUUUCCUCUCAGCAAGGAUGUUGGGAUCUUAAGGGUCAACAGGCAGAUGCGCCAGGAGGCACUUCCAUUUGCAUAUCGCACGACGAUUUUUCACCUCGAUGACAUGGACGACCUCGCCAAGCUUCUCAUUGCAGUUGGCCGCAUCGGCCGCGACAAUAUCGAGUCACUACAGUUCCCUUGGGAGAGCAGAACCGAUUCCGCAUGCAAAUGGGACGAAUUCCCAGAUUCCGAAGACAACUAUUUGAAGUUGCCAAGACUCCAUGUGUCAGGAUGCAUCCAGCUGCUCCAACAAUGCAAGAGGCUCAAGCAGUUGCGUCUACACUUUGAGAGCGAGCUGAUGCUGAAUAUCCCACCUGCCGACUUCAUGGCCGACCCUGGCAUCCAAGGGCUUUGUUCGAUUGGAGGCAUCAGGCGGCUUCAACUACGCGGAUUGGGUGACGAGUCUCUUGAGCAAUGCUACCUCGCCAAGUGGCUGAAAGAAACGAUGGCAUGCCCCACAGAGGAAGAAGAGCUGGAGGAUGAGGUGGCACAAGAGUGCAAGGAUGAAAAAGCAAAUAAGCCGAAGGAUGCAAUGGAACAGGCCGAAGUAUGA